UUGCAGCUGGGCCACCGCGGCGGCAGAACACCGGGCGCCCGGGCGGGGACAGUGGGCGCGCGAUGCCUGAGCCAAGCAGGCCGCCGCGCGCCCGGGUCCCGGCCGGGGAGGAUGCGCGCCGCGCGGGAGCGGCCGUGCGGGCGGUGCGAUGCUGGUGACCCGCGGGGACCGCGGCGGCGGGGAGCGCGUGCCCUCGCGGCGCCCGCGCUGCGGGCUGGUUCCAGCGGGGGCCGCGGCGCUGCUAGCUGGGGCCAGCUGCCUUUGCUACGGCCGCUCGCUGCGGGGCGAGUUUGUACACGACGAUGUGUGGGCGAUCGUGAACAACCCCGACGUGCGGCCCGGGACACCGCUGCGCUGGGCCAUCUUCGCUAACGACUUCUGGGGCAAGGGCCUGGCGGACAGCACCAGCCACAAGUCCUAUCGGCCACUGUGCGUGCUGUCCUUCAGGCUAAAUAUAUUUUUGACUGGCAUGAACCCUUUCUACUUCCACGCGGUCAAUGUCAUUCUGCACUGCCUGGUGACCCUUGUGCUGAUGUAUACCUGUGAUAAAACAGUCUUCAAGAAUCGUGGACUGGCGUUUGUCACAGCUUUGCUCUUUGCGGUACACCCAGUCCACACUGAGGCGGUGGCUGGCAUUGUGGGCAGAGCUGACGUACUAGCAUGCCUCCUGUUCCUGCUGGCCUUUCUUUCCUACCAAAGGAGUCUGGAUCAGGGCUGUGCAGGGCAGUGCUUCCCCACAACGGCUUCCCCCUUCUUCCUGCUUCUCAGUUUGUUUCUGGGGACCUGUGCUAUGCUGGUGAAGGAGACAGGCGUCACCGUGUUUGGAGUGUGCUUGGUUUAUGAUCUCUUCUCUCCCUCCCACAAGCAGGACAAGUUGAGCAAUGGGGCGGUCUGUCAGCACAGCUCUGGGCAGCCAGGGAGCCCCCAGCCUUCCUCUCAGCAAGCCCACCCCCACCGUGAGAACAGAAAGCAGCGCUUCCCACACAAAGACUCCUGGGGAGGCUGCCAUUCACCAUUGCCACCAGAGCCCAAGAGCAGUGGAUUCCCCAUGUCGCCGAGAGCAAUGUGGUCUCUGAUGAGGUGUCUGACUGGAAGCACCAACAGAAAUUUUCUUCUUACCUUGAGACCGUUUUUAAAGCGGGCCAUUUUGGUCAUCAGUUAUGUGACUGUCAUUUUGUAUUUUCGCCUGUGGAUAAUGGGAGGAACUAUGCCCCUCUUCUCAGAGCAAGACAAUCCAGCUUCAUUCUCGCCAUACAUCCUUACAAGGUUCCUUACCUAUUCCUACCUCCUGGCCUUCAAUGUAUGGCUUCUGCUGGCACCCAUCACACUGUGCUACGACUGGCAAGUGGGAAGUAUCCCUCUGGUGGAGACCAUAUGGGAUAUGAGGAACCUUGCUACCAUCCUUCUGGCAGUGGUGAUGGCCUUACUGAGCCUGCACUGUGUGGCAGCCUUCAAGAGGCUGGAGCACAAGGAAGUGUUGGCCGGCUUGCUGUUCCUCGUGUUCCCGUUCAUUCCAGCCAGCAACCUAUUCUUCAGGGUGGGCUUUGUGGUGGCCGAGAGAGUCCUGUACAUGCCUAGCAUGGGCUACUGCAUUCUGUUUGUGCAUGGACUGAGUAAGCUCUGUGCUGGCCUGAGCCGGUGUGGGGCCACCUCCCUGAUGGCAUCCACUGUGUUGCUGCUGCUGCUGUUCUCCUGGAAAACUGUGAAGCAGAAUGAAAUUUGGCUGUCGAGAGAAUCCUUGUUCAGGUCUGGAGUUCAGACUCUACCCCACAAUGCCAAGGUUCAUUACAACUACGCCAAUUUCCUAAAAGACCAAGGUCGGAACAAGGAAGCGAUCUACCACUACAGAACCGCCCUCAAGCUGUACCCACGCCAUGCAAGUGCACUGAAUAACCUUGGGACACUGACCAAGGACAUGGCAGAAGCUAAGAUGUACUACCAGAAGGCAUUGCAGCUCCACCCGCAGCACAACCGUGCACUUUUCAAUCUGGGGAAUCUCCUCAAGUCCCAGGAGAAAACAGAAGAAGCCAUCAUGCUGCUGAAGGAAUCCAUUAAAUAUGGUCCAGAUUUUGCUGAUGCCUAUUCAAGCUUGGCUUCCCUACUGGCAGAGCAGGAAAGAUUUAAGGAAGCUGAGGACGUUUACCAGGCUGGAAUAAAGAACUGUCCGGACAGCUCAGACUUACACAACAACUAUGCAGUUUUCUUAGUUGACUCUGGCUUUCCCGAGAAGGCCGUGGCUCACUACCAGCAGGCCAUCCAGCUCAACCCAAGCCAUCAUGUGGCUGUGGUGAACCUAGGCCGACUCUACAGGUCCCUGGGAGAGAACAGCAAGGCUGAAGAGUGGUACAGACGUGCCCUGAAGGUGGCCCGCACGGCUGAGGUACUGUCACCUCUGGGAGCGCUCUAUUACAAUACUGGCCGACACAAGGAGGCACUGGAGGUGUACAGGGAAGCUGUCUCACUCCAACCUUCCCAGAGGGAUCUCCGCCUGGCUCUGGCACAGGUUUUAGCAGUGAUGGGUCAGACCAAAGAAGCUGAAAAGAUAACCAGCCACAUAGUCUCUGAGGAGCCCAGGUGCCUGGAGUGCUACCGCCUCCUGUCAGCAAUCCACAGCAAGCAGGAGCACCAUGGGAAGGCGCUCGAGGCCAUAGAGAAGGCUCUUCAACUGAAGCCCAAGGACCCAAAAGUCAUAUCUGAACUUUUCUUUACAAAAGGAAAUCAGCUAAGAGAACAGAACCUUCUGGACAAAGCUUUUGAGAGCUAUGAAGCUGCCGUGACCCUGGAUCCUGACCAGGCACAGGCAUGGAUGAACAUGGGUGGCAUCCGGCACAUCCAGGGAAGCUAUGUGUCUGCAAGGGCCUAUUAUGAGAGAGCCCUGAAGCUGGUUCCAGACAGCAAGCUGCUGAAGGAAAAUCUGGCCAAGCUGGAUCGCCUGGAGAGGAGGUUACAAGAAGUCAGAGAACGGGAUCAAACAUAGAUCAAAAAAGGACACUUUCACGUGGGACUCACCGGCCUGAAGAGGACAGAGUUGGGGAGGCCUUGCUUAUACACAGCAGGCUCUGCCAGCCAGGCAGUCCUCUCCUGGUGGCACAGUGGGAGUCAGUCACUGAUGACUGUGCUGAAAGAGUUGUUUCCAUGAAGAGACAAACAGCAGAGGAUAGCACACUGUCUACAGGGAAGGGAGAUAGCAAGUGCACGCUUUGCCGGCUCCUGUGUGACCCCCAGUCCCAGGAUAUUAAGCAGUGCUUUGGCAGCAGAUAGUGACCUCCAUUAUUACUAUAGCCCAGAAAUACAGAAACUCAAAGUCCUGUAAACACAGCAGCUGUUCCUAAGAAAAGAUGUGUUCUCUGAAGUCAGCCCUUGAAAAUCCGCUUGUGAAGUUCAGUUAAUUCUCAAGAAUCUAGAGUCGGUGGUGAAGAGCAUUGGUAGAGCCCUGUGGAGGCAGGGGAGCAGAGCACUUGAUAGCUGGGCUUGGGCUAGCAUCGCCCAGAGUAUCACCAAGCACCUUUGGAGAAGUACAUUAAAUGCUACUCUGGUAUAUGUUUUUUUCUAGUGCCUAAAACACCAAGAUGGAAUCUUCUAGAAUUGUAUGUGGCUAUGUUUAUCUCUAUAGGAAAGUCGAAGCUCAGCACCCUUGAUUCUUUAUGGAAGUGUUUUAAAUGUUUGAACUGUAUUCCAGGUUUCACUAGUGUUGUGUCUCCACUCUGAGCCUUCUGAGUGCAUUAACACUGAGGUUGGGACCCUGAAAUGUAUUGCUCAGGUGUGGAGCUGUGGGCUGCACUCUUCACAGAAGUGUUAAAGGGUCUGUCCAGAGAAGGGCUCUACUUUAUUCUCUUAAGAUUAAGACUUGCGAGAUUUAUUGUUUUUGAAAGAUAUAUUUGAGCACUAAAGAAUCUUUACAUUGUGUUACAGAAUUUCUCAUAGACUCUUUUAAGUUGAGAGAAAAGAGCUCUGUCAUUGACUUUUGAGAUUUACUGAGGAUUCUGUAUUUAAAACACAAGUGAGUUUGGAGACUUCAUAGAGAAUACUUUAAAACUCUAGGAUAAAGUCAAAAUUCAUAAUUUUUUAAAAAUAUAUUUAUAUUUAAAAAUAAGGAAGACAAAGUUGAAAUCAUAAUUUGACAUUAUUUUUAGUGUUAUUUAUUGUAUAACUUAUAAAAUAUUUAAUAUAUA